CACAGACACACGCAAAUCACAGAUUAGCCUGCGUUAAUCUGGCAACAGAUCAACCAGAUUUCUGUUGAUAAUGAUGAUGAUGAGGAUGAUGAUGGUGAUCAGUCAAGGUUCUGCUCUUUCUAUUCAGUCCAUGAAUUCCUCAUACUGACAAAUAAAUGACGAUCUGUUCCUCACGUUGUCUUCAUUGUGGCUUUGCAAGGACAGCGUCACCGCCACUGCCGCCCGUUAGAUGGCGCUAAAACGCACUGCUCCAAUUCAUUCGCGUGUGUCGCGGACGUCCCUUCUCCUCAUCAUCAGACACUCUUUCUUCACCCGAUUCACACUUCCAACGUCCAACAGCUCGCAUCAGGCGCUACUCGGAGGCGAUGACACAGCCGGACUCUUUCAUCCAACGCCAGCAGCUGGACGCCAGCAUGGCUGACACCUUCCUGGAGCACCUAUGUCUGCUGGACAUCGACCAGGAGCCAAUCACAGCACGCAACACCAGCAUCAUCUGCACUAUCGGUCCUGCGUCCCGAUCAAUCCCCAAACUCCAGGAGAUGGUCAAAGCAGGGAUGAAUAUUGCUCGUCUGAAUUUCUCUCACGGCUCACAUGAAUACCACGGGGAAUCCAUCAAAAACAUCAGAGAGGCGGUGGAGACGAUUACCUCCGACCCUUUGUAUUAUCGGCCGGUUGCCAUCGCCUUGGAUACGAAGGGUCCAGAGAUCCGCACCGGAUUAGUGAAAGGGAAAGUGGAGGAGGAGGUGGAGCUGGGAAAGGGCAGCACUGUUCGUGUGGUGACGGCCGAGAGUGACAAAGACAAAACAGAUGGAAAGAUUGUCUGGGUGGACUAUCCCAGCCUUGCCAAAGUCAUUGAGAAGGGAGGGAAGAUCUACAUCGACGACGGCCUCAUUGGACUCAGAGUCACUGAAAUAGGCCCUGACUGGGUGGACACAGUGGUGGAGGCCGGCGGGAAGCUCUGCAGUCGCAAAGGCGUAAACAUCCCUGGCUGUGACCUGGUCGGCCUGCAGGCGGUCAGCGAGCGAGACGAGGCCGACCUGAGGUUCGGGGUGUCCCAGGGAGUCGACAUGGUGUUUGCCAGUUUCAUCCGCUCUGCCAAGGAUGUCAAGGAUGUACGGCGAGUUCUGGGCGCGCAUGGACGAGAAAUCAAAGUGAUCAGCAAGGUGGAGAGCAGGCAAGGGGUUCAGAAUUUUGAGGAGAUCCUGGCUGAGAGCGACGGCGUGAUGGUUGCCAGGGGUGACCUGGGGAUCGAGAUCCCGGCGGAGAAAGUCUUCAUUGCUCAGAAGAUGAUGAUUGGGCGCUGCAACUCCGCCGGCAAGCCCGUCAUCUGUGCCACACAGAUGCUAGAGAGCAUGGUGGCCCACCCACGGCCAACUAGAGCAGAGGGCAGUGACGUUGCCAACGCCGUGCUGGAUGGAGCCGACUGUGUAAUGUUAUCUGGGGAGACCGCCAAAGGACUGUUUCCUGUGGAGGCAGUCGCAAUGAUGCACUCGAUCUGCAGGGAGGCAGAGGCAGCCAUUUUCCACCAGCAGCUCUUUGAGGAGUUGCGUCGCCUCACUCCUCUCUCCUCGGAUCCCACAGAGGUCACAGCCAUCGGGGCUGUAGAGUCUUCCUUCAAAUCCUGCGCUGGGGCCAUCAUAGUCCUCACCACCAGUGGCAGAUCAGCACACCUCCUGUCCAGGUACCGGCCGCGCUGUCCCAUCAUUGCAGUCACCAGAAGUCCUCAGGUGGCCCGUCAGUCCCAGCUGCUCAGAGGAGUGUUUCCUGUCCUCUUCCACCCUCUGCCUGCUCCCGUCUGGGCCGACGAUGUAGACAACAGGGUCAACUUUGGCAUGGACAUAGGUAAAGCAAGAGGGUUUUUCAAAUCCGGCGACAUGGUGAUUGUGGUGACCGGCUGGAUCCCCGGGUCCGGUCACACUAACAUCAUGAGGGCAGUCAGUGCGGAGUAACAACCCGACUGGACCUCGACUCUCAAUCUGACUGACAUGCCGACCGGAAUUAGAGCCUCUUUAAGACCGUUCCUAUAAAGUUAUGGAAGAACCACUUGGGAAACAUUUGCCUCCAAAACUGGUCUCAUGAUGGUUGAAUUUGUGUAUAACUUGUUUCAAAGUGAUGGCUCCCUCUAAAUAAAACUUGAAGCAUUAUUUUAA